AUGCAAACAAAGCUAAAUAUGAAUAUCUCAGUCCUCCCUAUAUUAUUUUUGCUUUUAUUUAUCCUCAAGAUGCCAAUACCAUGUGAAGCUGGCUUUAUACAUGAUGUUGGUAGAUUUUUCUCGACUUAUCUAAAGGCAUUUUAUCCCUCUAUAGUAACUCCGAAAAAGCUAUAUAGCCCAGACUUUGAAUUACAAAAACAACUAAUUUCACAGUCCGAGGAUUUGAUGGAAGAGCUCGUUAAUCUAAAUGGAAAUUUAACAAGUGUGGAGCAAGACUGGCUAAAUAUUCAGAAUUAUGCAGAGCUGAGACGUCACCCAAAAAAUAUAUUUGCUGAAAAUACACUUGGGGUUAUCGAUAGCUUAUCUGAUGUCAUAGCUAAAAUGUCCUUAUCGUCAGCAUUCAGGAAUAUGGAAGCCCCGGUAGUGUUCUUAGAGCCUCCCGCAGUAGCAAUCAAACAAGAAUCAGUAACAUCUUCAUCACCUUGUAAUACAUGUGUUGGUAAACUCAAUCUUACGAAGCCUGAAAUGAAGGCAUUCAAAUCAGAACUCAAACGAAUCAGAAGAAUUGAUACAAAAACAUUAAAGGGAGCAAAUAAAGAAUUAUUGGAGACUGAGUCACUAGCUAAAGAAACUUUGCAGCAUAGAGCUAAGAUUAUCAAUGACAUUCAACAUUUAUCUGCACAAAUCCUAAAAAGCGGAAUUGAAGAUACUGCAGAUAGCAUAGAAAUGAAAUUUUUACAGUCAGACCUUGCAAUGGCAGAGCAAAGACAUGCAGCCCUUGUUGCUAAGCAAAAAGCUUUGGUUCGUCUUAUUAAUGACUUGUCAAAAAAAUAA